UCCAGCAGGAGUUCGUUCGACUCAUUAUAUCUGACACGAUGACUACAUAUAUUACGUUGCUGAUUGGAGACUUUCUGAGAGCUGUGCUUGUCCGUUUUCUUAACCACUGCUGGUGUUGGGACCUGGAAGCUGGAUUUCCUUCAUACUCUGAGUUUGAUGUCAGUGGAAAUGUCCUGGGCCUCAUCUUCAACCAAGGAAUGAUAUGGAUGGGAGCUUUCUAUGCCCCCUGCCUACCUGCUCUAAACCUGCUGAGGCUCCAUGUGUCCAUGUACCUGCAGUGCUGGGCUGUGAUGUGCUGCAACGUUCCACAGGAGAGGGUCUUCAAAGCCUCAGGCUCCAACAACUUCUACAUGGCCAUGUUGUUGGUCAUCCUCUUCCUGUCGACUCUGCCGGCCAUUUACACAAUUGUAACCAUCCCUCCUUCUUUUGACUGCGGACCCUUCAGUGGCAAGAACAGGAUGUUUGAUGUGAUCCAGGAGACGUUGGAGUCUGACUUCCCAGCCUGGUUUAGUAAAGUGUUCAGCUAUGCCUCUAACCCUGGACUGGUGCUACCCUUUAUAUUGCUCAUGAUAUUGGCCAUUUAUUACCUACAGUCUACGUCCAAAAGCUACAAAGAAGCAAACAUAGAACUGAAGAAAAAGCUACAGAUGCAAAAUGAAGAAAACAAGAAAAAGAACAAACAAGCUGCACUGAAGGCUCAAAUGGAUCUGGAGGAGGCCAAAAAAUCAGCAUCUGAGGCUAUGGAGCCGCAAAGGAACAACAAUGCUUCAGUUCAAAGACAAGAGGCAAACGAUUAAGAAAACCACAACAGAAGUCGGAAGAUGCAUCAUGGAUGCAACCCUUCUGCUCGUGCUGACGACAGAGAACCACACCUCCCAGUUAGAGGACCUGGUCCCAGGACUUAUCAUAAUGGCAACCAUGGAAACCCAAGAUAUCUCCCUGGUUACCAUCAGCAAAAUGAGCCCAGUAGGAUGUACAGGGUACCCAGUAUGCAGAGACACUAAGAAAACAAAGACACAACCUGUCGCCAUGAAAGCACUUUUAAAGCAGUUGGUGUUACAAUCUGUCUUAGAAUUAGUUUACAUUUUAAACUGCAAACACUAAAGAAUACUAAGUUUUUUAAAUCACCAUGAC